AAAAGCUCUAGAUCUCGGCCGCCUCCGCCGCUCCGAAUCGCCCCGGGGAAUUCUGGUACGUCUAAUCCAGCGCAAUCUUCAAGAAGUUUCCGUUUGAUUCGGUUAAUUGUCGCUGUCGUUACUCCUGAUCAUGUAACAGUUCGCGCCAAUCAGAUGGCCUCGAUCCGCCGAACUCUUUCGCCGGCGCGUCACGAACGUCUCUACCACAACGAGGCCGCCGUCUCUUCCUCCUUCACGCCGGCAUCUCAGAGGCAUUUACAAAACGGUAAUGGUAAAUACCAAUCCUCUCCGCAUUUACCGUUAUUCGGCGUGCAGACUCUGCUCUGGCGCAGAGGAUGGCGGAGAUCCUUCUACCGGUGUCUCCUCUUCUUCAUUCUAGGGUUUUUCUUAGGAAUUAUUCCGUUUGGAAACAUCGAGAGUUUUCCCGACCUAAAACCGCCUCUUGCUAUUGUGCAAGCGAACGAUAAUUAUGUUGCUUUGGGGAUCGAUAAGAAAUUAGAGGAUCAGAUUAGUGAAUUAGAGCCCGAAAAGCUGUUAAUUAUAGUGACGCCAACGUAUAAUCGGGCGUUUCAAGCGUAUUUUUUGAACAGGUUAGGGCAACUGCUGAGAUUGGUGAAGCCUCCUCUGCUAUGGAUAGUGGUGGAGGAGAAAGCAGCGUCUUUUGAGACGGCAGAGAUACUGAGGAAGACGGGUGUUAUGUAUAGGCAUUUGGUGACUACAGUUAAUUCAAGCAUUGUCAAGGACAGAGGAGUGCACCAGAGGAAUGCGGCUUUGGAGCAUAUGGGGCACCAUAAGCUUGAUGGGAUCGUGUAUUUUGCCGACGAUGACAAUGUAUACUCCCUUGAGUUGUUCGAGAGCCUGAGGAGCAUCAGCCGUUUUGGUACUUGGCCAGUUGCCAUGCUUGCCGCAAGCAAAAACAAGGCAAUUUUGGAAGGUCCAGUAUGCAAUGGAAGUCAAGUAAUUGGAUGGCACACAAAUGAGAAAAGUAAAGGACUUCGACGGUUUCAUGUUGAUAUGUCAGGAUUUGCUUUCAACAGCACCAUCUUGUGGGACCCAAAGAGAUGGAGAUGCCCAUUUCCAAAUCCAAUUCGACAGUUGGAUACCGUGAAGGAGGGUUUUCAAGAAACUACAUUUAUAGAACAAGUGGUGGAAGAUGAAAGUCAAAUGGAAGGUACACCACCUAGUUGCUCAAGGAUACUGAACUGGCAUCUCCAUUUGGAUGCUCGGAAUGUUGUUUAUCCUGGAGGUUGGCUACUUCAGAAGAACCUUGAUGUUGUUUUGCCCAUUAAGUGACAGAGUUUUGUCUCUGUGAUUUUUCACAGGGAAGCACAGGUCAGUAUGGCAGUUGCACAUGCAUUAAACUUGAAUUUGACAUUUUUAAUCUUUGCCUAAAGAUAGGCUAGCCUGAAACAAGGACACACGUAAACACAACAAACAGUUUUCCAUAUCCCUUAAAAGCAGUAUGAGUGGAGAUAAUUAGAAAUUUAGAAACGUGGUUCUUGGGCAGUUUCCUUAUUCUGUGGCAUCGUUUGUUCCUAUAUUCAGCCCUUGAUUUUUCCUUGGUAUGGUGUCAUUUCACCUCAUCCAAAAAUUGUUUUGUAAUUAAUCUUUUGUUCCUGUACAGUUCUGUCUUCUAUUUGUGUUUUUGACUACCUUCACAAGGAGGUUUGCAACCAUUUGUGAUCAUUAGGAGCAAGCUACAGAUAUUUACCAGGCCAUGAGAAAAGGAUAGUGUUUUGUUCGGUAGCUUCAUAUUCUUUACCGAACAAAAUCUUGUUUCCUUGUAGAGUUGCGGUUUUACAUAGUUUGUUAUUCUUUUCGGAAUAUCCCACACCACCAAAAAUUCAAGUUGUCUUGUGGGGAAUGUUGUUCAAGCAUACAUACUACCUGGGGCUGUGUCAAAUUGAAGCAAGCUGCAGGGCAUCAUGUUAAGUAACUUUUGUGGUUAAAAAGAAAGGAGAUGCGAUUAACUUUAUUUCCAUUCGACACAUUUUUUUUUAUAGAAAUGUAUAUUCCUCAAAAGACAUUGGUUCAUUCAUCACUUAUGAUUCAGCUUAGCCGUUUUUCAUCUCUUGUACGACCUGGAUUGACUGCAGUUUUAGUUUCUGCUUCAACUGUUUAUGAUUAUGCUGAUUUCCUAUAAAUGUGAAAAUAUAUA